GAGGAGGAGGAAGAGGUCACUCAGGUCACAGCUGGCGGGGCGUACGGACGCUCGCACAUUCACUCCCUCGCUCCACUCGCAAUACUGAAGUCAUGACGGAGCAGAGCCUCUUCCAAAGGGCGAAGUUCCUCAUAUAUGCAGGUGGCAUCUUCUUCCUCUACUUCUACUACGGCAUUCUGCAGGAAUCCAUAACUCGCACACGAUAUGGGGAACAAAAGGAGAAAUUCACUUAUUCACUGGCGCUUGUGUUCUUCCAGUGUAUAGUUAAUGCGAUAUAUGCGAAAAUAAUGGGGAUGUUCGUACUGAAGCAGGGCGAGGACACAACCCGAACACUGUACUACGCCUCCUGCUCCCUCACCUACCUGCUGGCGAUGGUGUCAUCCAACAUGGCGCUGCAGUGGGUCAACUACCCCACACAGGUGGUAGGCAAGUCCUGCAAGCCGAUCCCCGUGAUGGUGCUGGGUGUGGUGCUUGGCCGCAAGUCCUACUCCUGGAAAAAAUAUGUCUUUGUGCUGAUGAUUGUAAUAGGAGUGGCACUGUUCAUCUACAAGGACUCCAAGGCUCAGAGUGCAUCAUCAGGGGAUGGCUUGGGGCUUGGCGAGGUGCUUCUGAUGCUCUCCCUCACCAUGGACGGCCUGACGGGGGCGGUGCAGGAGCGGAUGAUUGCCGAGUCCAAGACCAAGUCAGGCCACAUGAUGCUCAACAUGAAUCUCUUCUCCAUCGGCUACCUGGCCAUUGCUCUCCUGGUCACCGGGGAAAUAUUCUCCUUCAUUGGGUUUGUCCAGCGAUUCCCUGAAGUGAUCACCAAGAUGCUUAUAUUCAGUAUCUGCAGUGCUCUAGGCCAGUUCUUCAUCUUCCUGAUGGUGAGUGACUUUGGGCCGCUCCCGUGCUCCGUCGUCACCACCACACGCAAGUUCUUCACCGUCCUAGGCUCGGUCAUCCUCUUUGGCAACAAGCUCUCACCCCGGCAAUGGAGCGGCACUGUCCUGGUGUUCUCAGGCCUCACUUUGGAUGCAGUGUUCGGCAAAUCCCCCAAGAAGGCCGUGGAGGAGAGCAAGGCGAGUAAAGAAUGAAAAAACCCCAUUGUCAGGACUUGCUAAGUUGUGUGAGGAGAAGGCAAAGAUGAAGGUAACAGCUUAAUAAACAGGUGAAGUGUGUGGGUGAGUGCGUAGAUACAGAGAAGUAAUGGUGUUUGCAUGUGCAUAAAUAAAGAUGAUUUGUAAUGUAUAAAAGAAGGAUGUGUUUGGGAUCCAUCUGGUAGACAGAAAAGCUUAAGUAAUUCAUGAGAGUUAGCAGGUCAUGUUGUGUUUACUUGUGAAGUGUGUGAUUUAUAUCCUCUGCAUGUUAUGAUUUUGCAGGGUUGAACAAUGAUAAGAGAGAAUUCAAGGAGGUGCCUGGAAUUUAGAAAGGGAAAGUUUCAUAAUCUUAUCUGGUUUGACACCUGUUCUUGUGGCUCCCUCAAGGGCAUGGCUACGAUAGGUGUCUGAAUAGAUUAGAUUAGAUCACUGCUUUUUGUCGUGAUACUGUGAUUGAUGUAAUCUGUGAGACUUAACUUAGAUGACUUGCUGGUAACUGCAAUUGCUUUCCUGAAAAUGAAUUGGUGCUGCUGACUGGGAAAAUUCUCAGUGUUUAUUUUUUGUGCAGGUGAAUUGCGACCCCAUGUAGUGCACAUACCAAUAUUUUGAAGGUGCUUUUCUGGUAGGUAUUUAUUCAUAGCCAAUAAUGCUUUUGUAAAUCGGACAACAGACUUGUUUUAUCUGUAACUUUGUACUUUUGUAAACCGAGUGUUUUGAGAAUCGUAGCUCACCUGUGCUGUAUCCUGAGCACUGGUUGUCUCACUGAUAGACUUGCUGUGCUAAAGAUCCGUCCUGUGGUGGCUCAGAAAGCUGCUGGAUUUGUACUCAUUGAUGCUCAGUUGCUGCUCCUCAGUUGUCUUGUGUCUAUAAAUUCAGUGUGAUUAGGUUUGAGGUUGGUAAAGCUGUGUAUAUGCUGUGGGAGGUUGAGAUUGCUGCUGCCUGUUGGUUACCUUACAAAAAGUCUAUAUAUUUGGUGUGGUCAGGUUUGGGGUUGAUAAAGUUGUUUGUAGGUUUGAGAAACUUGAGAUUCCUGGCACACAUUCUUGAGAGCUUAGCCAAAUUCAGUAUGUUGCACUUUACGCACUUAUUAAAAUCAUUCCAUUGGUUUUCUUGCAGGUUUCUGAGUUGAAUUGGUAUUGAACAAUGAUUAAGUUUUCUUUUUUCUUCUCUUGUUCAGGUGUGAGAGUUUGGAAUAGAUGGAUGGUGAAGACAGUGAAGAUGGAUAAGGAAGGUUUGCUGUUUUGUAAAUGUGGAGGAAUGCUUUGUGGAGUGGUGGAUGCAAAGUGUGUAUCCUUUAGAUCACUUGGUUGUGGAGGGAAAGAAAGUGAGAUGGCGUGGGUGAACAAAGAUAGAUGCGGAAUGCUUUGUGGAGUGGUGGAUGUGGUGUGUAUCCUUUAGAUCACUUGGUUGUGGAGGGAAUGAAAGUGAGAUGGCGUGGGUGAACAAAGAAAGAUGCUGUGUGUGUGAGAGAGGAGGACAGGAGGAGGUUGGAAUAUGUGGAAGAGAGAGAGAAGGGUGACCGGUGAGUGAAUGGAGUGUGCAAGCAUAGAGUGUACAGACAGAAACAAGUGGAGAUGUGACUGUUCUGAGGAAGAUAAGAGAAGCUGGUGUCGUAGCAAAUUAGAUUAAAUGUUUGCAUUACUGUCUAGCAAUGAUUGGACCGAGGUGAGAUUGGAGUGAAAGUGACAGGAACAAGUGGAGACAUGACUGUUGUUCUGAGGGAGGUGAGAGGAACUGGCAUCUUAGCAAAUUAGAUUAAAUGUUUGCGUUACUGUCUGGCAAUGAUUGGACUGAGGUAAGAUUGGAGUGAAAGCCUGUGAAGCAAGUCAAUGAGUCAACGUAUAGCAAGUUUUGACUGUAGUUUAUCGUGUGGGGAAUGUAUGAUGCACAUUGUGAGAGCAUGUUACAUUUCACGAGUGUCGCUUUGAUGUGUUUCCCCUGCAUCUUGCAAACUGCCCCUGGAUGUUUGGGGAUGAGUGGUAUGUUGGAGGCAAUGAAGCGACAGGGACAAACUGGGCAGCCCCCGAAGCCCUGCUGUGGAUGUGAACCUCUUGGCAUCACUCAUACUGGUGUUACUGUUUGUGUGGUUUGGCUGAGUAGAAUGAUUAUUUAUAUUUCUCACUAUCACUGUUUUGUUUCUCAUGAUGGGCAACUGUCGUCAUUGUUAUCAUUCAUCAUAGUGUCACUUGCAAUUUUAUUCUCUUACUACUAUGUUUGUUCUACCUUUCUGUGCUGUUAUUUAUUUAGUGAGUUAUUUUACAUGUUAUUGAGGUACAGUUCAUUCCUAGUUAGGUACACACAUGCACACACAAACACACAAUGCCUCCAACUAGAUUUUGAUACUUGGAACAGCUACACCUCAGGAAUCUUGUUUCUCUUGAGUACAGAAUGUCAGUUUUAGAUUCUUUAUGUUUAGUAUUCAGUAUUUAUUAUUGCUAUCUUUCCUUCAGGUGAGCAAAUGAUCUGGUGCAGUGUUAGUGCCUGUGAGGUAACCGUGUUUCGCUGAAGAUAAAGAUAAUUUGAACUCACGCACCAGAAGAAUAGCGUCAGUUGUUGAGUAUCGGUUGAGUAAAGACUCUCUGCUUAAGCCUGACAUGUACAGUUAGUCACUCUUUGAGUAACGCAUCACUCACUGUGCUUUACCUUCUCCUCAACCUUAUGUCCUGUGAUCUAAGAAGCUAUCAGUUGUUUUGUUAGAAGACUUGACAGAUCAGACGGGAAACUUAAAAGGUUAUUUGACUUAUAACAUAUCACUGUUGCUUUGUGCUUUGCCCUCAAUUUUACGUCUUGUGAUCUAAGAAGCUUUUGAGGGUUUUGUAGGAAGACUCAGCAGAUCAGAGGUACUUAAGAUUAAUGGAAAACAUAAGCACAGUGAGUAAAAGUUCUUGAUCAUGACAAUACUGGUGGAGUAGGGUGGAGUAGGAGGUAGUGUGCUGUGGUUAAGUCCAGCGCAGUACAGCCAUGUGGUUUUUGAAAGACAUCAUGGCUUAAAUCCUCUAUGAGAAAGACAAAGAGUUUAUAUUUUUAUGUCAAAGAUGAAGUAAAUAUUCCUGAAUGA